AUGGACUGGGGCCACGCUGGACGGUGUGGUGAAGGAGCAGGCUUGCCGUGCAGCUGCAGCGUGCAGCUGCAGUUGCAGCCCGCCCGUGCUUCUGCAUUCGCCCUGAUACCCUGCGCAUGCCAUUACAGCGUGCUUUCCGUGCCGUGCACUUGCAGGCUCCGCUCGGCUUUUGCGGCUGUCCUCAUCGUAGGAUAUGUCUCAGCAGCAAUUUCCACAGUCAAGCUCUUGACUGUGCGCACAAGAGCCUGGAGUCCAAGUCUUCGCAAUGUUCACCAGGGCGCAGAUGAAACCAUCGUCGUCCGGUUUCCAGCACGGUUGCAGGAGGCUCCGGGGGAUAAGGAUGCCUGCAAUGUGUGGCUUGCGAGUGCCGGCUGCAUCUGA